AUGCCAGUUCUUAUACCUAGAGCUCUUCAGGGAUUAUAUUUUCUAUGUGAGCCGAUAGCUGACGGGUCUUUUGGCAGAUUAUACCUUGCUAUUCACGCUCUAACGCGUCAGCAUGUUGCAAUAAAGAUCAUCGACAAGAAGAAACUUGGGGCUGAAGUGUUUCGCGUACGUGGAGAAAUUGAGGCUCUCAAACGUCUAUCUCAUCCUAACAUUUACUCCCUUUACCAAGUCAUCGAAACGGAUGGCACUUUCUACCUCAUUCUUGAGUACGUUCCUGGUGGUGAGCUAUUUGACUAUAUUUUGCACAAUGGAAGUCUACAGGAGUCACACGCUCGAGUUUUGUUUCGACAACUAGUUUCUGCAAUUGGCUACUCCCAUUCAAGGGGCAUAGCUCAUCGCGACCUUAAACCAGAGAACAUAUUACUGAAAGACGAACAGAAUAUCCGCGUCAUUGAUUUCGGACUUUGUGCAAAGAACGUUGAUAGCAAAUUCCUCAAUACUUACUGUGGAUCUUUAGCUUAUGCUGCUCCAGAGGUUCUUCAAAAUCAGGAAUAUAAUGGUCCCGCAGCCGAUAUCUGGUCCAUGGGAGUCAUACUCUACGCCAUUCUCUGCGGCUCCCUACCCUUUGAUCCCUCUAAACCCGAGAAGCUACCCAAACUCAUUGUGAAAGGUCAGUACAGCGUGGACGAGUCACUAAGCGCAAGCGGUCGCGAUCUCCUCGCCCAAAUGCUCUGCGUCGACCCCACCGCUAGAAUUAGUAUGAUGGAGCUCAGCACUCAUCCCUGGGUUAUGCAUGGCUUCGAUGCGCCCAUCGAUAUCUUUUGCUCCGAUAUGAAGCUGGACGCUCCGCUGAAUCAAGACAUUGUACGAGAAAUCUCGCUCUACACCCGCAUACCUUGCGUGGAGAUGACUCGUAUGCUGCGCAAGGUGGUAACGGAGGAUUUUAUAACUUCUCGAGCACUGGACAGUAUAAUGAAUUUGGCUGACUAA